GAGAUGGACUAGCCAGCUUGUGUCUCCAUGGUAUCGCAUGGACUGCAGGAGUCCUCCUCGGUGCCCUCACAGAUCGGCGUGACCCGGAACUAACGGGAUUACGGCGGCAGCCAACCGCAGGAGAACCAGUUGGUCAGGAUCAACAAACGGACACAGAUACAGAGGCGGGAGAUAAGAACAAAGAGCGGCAGCAUAUCAGUCUCGUGCGUUUACAAGCCUCGUGAGUUUCACAAGGAGCUACUGUUUGUCUGCCUUUCCGUCUGUCUGUCUGUCUGUCUGUGUCUGCCGGUAAUUUUUUUACAUGGAGCACUUGUGUUGACAUACUGAGGAAUACCACUGGAGAAGAGCACCUGUUGGAAUAACACGUUUGCUGCUUUUCUGUCUCAAGGCGUUUUGAGAAUCUGACAAGGAGUUUCCUCGGGAGUGGUUGUAUUUGUGUCUGUUAUGUUCUGCUCCCACCGGUCGGUCCUCCAUGACUUCCUCUCUUGGUCUACGUCCUGCCGCAGAUAAAGAGGUGAGGACUGAACUGUCCAGGAGAGCAGAAGCAGGACACAAGGGAUGACGAUGGCCAAGGGCUCCAGCAUCUCUUCACUGUCCCAACUGGGAAACCCGCUCUCAGUCCUCCAUCUCCUGGGUGGAGGUAUCCUGCACAGUCUUUGCCCCCCACCCCUCACACUCCUCCGCUUCCUCAUCUGCACCCUCGUUCUAUCGGAGACUGCUGGUAGUUUACCGGGCCUGGAGUACGACCAUGGCUCGCAACCCAAAUUUGUCUGCACCCCCAUUCCUGCAGACGCGGACCCUUCCUGUUUUACUCCAGGGGACAGCCAUAGUCCUGGGCACGGCCCCAGCCACGGAAGUGGCCACGGCAACGGUCACGGUACCGGCCAUAGUAACGGACACCACGGGCCGACAGUAGGGCGCGGGAUCAUUUCGGACGAGGCCAAAACCACCAUUCUCCACCUGCGUGAGAGCUUGGUCCGGCAGAAGGAGACCAUUCUCGACCAGCGGGAGACGAUUCGGGAGCUGACAGCCAAGCUGACGCUGUGCGAGGGCUUUGGCAGGGGUGCUGGCGGUCACCAUGACGACGACCACCACGGCCUCGGGCACCACGGGUCCUACCACGGCCCCUCGCAUCACUAUGACGACCACCAUACGGACCAUCACACGGACCACCACACGGACCACACUGAUCAUCACACUGAUCAUCACACUGAUCACCACUCUGACCCCCACUACCCCUUAAACAGCCACCGGGACAGCAACAGGGGCAAGGGACCGUACAUGGGCCACCAUGGAUUCUCCCCUGACCAGACCGGGAAAACUCUGCAGGCGCUGAAGGAGAAACUAGAUGCCCUACAGGCCCGGAAUUCCACGAGUACCUACUCCAGUUCCUUGAGAGACCUCUUGCAGCGCAGAAUCAAUUUACUGGAGGAACAGCUUCACCAUUACUAUGGCUCACACCAUGGUGGCUAUGGUGGUAACCAUGACAAUCACCAUGGCCAUGGUGGCCACGACGACCACCAUGAAGAUCAUGAUGAUCACCAUGAGGAUCACCAUGAAACUCACCAUGAGACUCACCAUGACCCACACGAUCACCAUGACGAUCAUCACCACGACCGCUUCAGUCAUCGCUAUGAUCGCCACAACACUCACCACGGUGACCACCAUGAUACUCACCAUGAUAGCCACCACGAUGAUCACCAUGGUGGUCACCAUGACACUCAUCAUGAUGAACACCAUGACGACCACCACAGUCCCCACCAUGACAGCCACCACGAUGACCACCAUGACAGUGGUCACCACGAUGACCACGGCCACCCUCCUGCGACGGGUUAUGGUAAGCAGCCGCCAAGAGGACCGCCACGUGGGUCUGCCAAACUGGACUCUGUUCUAAGCCAGCUCCAUCACCGCAACACUGAACCAGCUGGUCGUCCCAACCCCAAGAACCCGGACGCUUUCCAGAUCGGCUUCCCCAUGCGAACCAACUACAUGUACGGCCGCAUCAAGCGCACGCUCCUGAAUGAGAUCUUUGCUCUGACGGUGUGCCUGUGGCUGAAGGGGGGGAACGGGCCUGGCAUAGGCACCCCCUUCUCCUACUCCGUCCCCGGCCAGGCCAAUGAGCUGGUGCUCAUUGAGUGGGGCAACAAUCCAAUGGAACUUCUGGUCAAUGACAAGGCUGUGACCCUGCCUCUCUCGAUAACGGACAGUAAGUGGCAUCACCUGUGCAUCACCUGGUCCACACGGGACGGUGUAUGGGAGGCUUACCAGGAUGGCGUGAAGAGAGGCUCAGGAGAGAGUCUGUCCGCAUGGCACCCCAUCAAACCCGGUGGAGUUUUCAUCCUUGGCCAGGAACAGGACACCCUCGGUGGAAAGUUUGAUGCCACCCAGGCAUUUGUAGGUGAGAUGUCCGAUCUGCAGCUGUGGUCUCGAGUGCUCACGCCUCAGGAGAUCAACAACCAAGCCUCUUGUCGAUCCCACUUGACAGGCGACAUCAUUACAUGGAUGGAGUCGGUGGUGGAGUUGCAUGGCGGGGUCACCAAAUACCCCUUUGACCCCUGCCACUGAGGCUGACCGUACACAGCAGAAAUGAAACAAAAUGGCGGCCAUUUUGGGUCUGAAG